AUGUCAGUAGACGAAGGAGGGCGUCCACUGAUCGAUUUCGUCUCCGACGGCCGCCCUAAUGGGCCCGAUGUAGUUCCUUAUCACGCCGACCCGGCGAGUUACAGUACAGCUAUUGUCGGCGGCUCGCAUUAUUACGAUAACAGAACUUCUGAACAGAGACCUUUACUUGGCAGAUCUAGAUCACGAAUGGACAGUCACAGUGAUUCUGAAUACCAAGGAAACAAUUUCGAUGAUCCUGAGUUUACAGGCAUCAUACAUGCGGCCGAACAAGCGAUCGAUGUAGGCAUUUUGCCCGAACGAAUUUACCAGGGGUCGAGUGGAAGUUACUUUGUGAAGGACAGGGAAGGGGUAAGUUCUCAGUGAUUUUUAGUUUUUGCAGCUUAUAUAACUCCUAUCUCUACACGCCGUGGCAGACGGUAUGGAGAUCCAUAACAGACAAAUAUGGUUAAAUUUGUGGUGUGUUAUCUUACUUAAUUUUCUAAAUUAACUUAACUUUCAGUUCCGGUUUCGUUUUAUGCAAGGUCAUGGUCGCAUGUGGGCAUUGAAACAGGUUUUAUACUUUUGACAUUUGCUUGAAAGAAUUGUUGCUGGGUGCCAUGCAAUUUCUUGCAAACUUUAUCACGUUUGUCGUUGUUAAAACUGUGGAAUUAAUAUUUAACUCAUAUAUUAUUGAUAAAUAAUAUUUACCAUUGUAUGUGAAACGCAUAGCUGAUACAUGUACAUGUUAUAUGAAUUUGUUUGUUUAUAUAAAAUUUAAGACUUAAUUGUUUCUCAUAAGUGCAUCUUGGGGGCUGUAAUUAUUAGGAGCUUGCCAUCGUUUGCGCGCAGGUGCACCAAUAUUUUCUUUAAGUGUUUAAAGUGUUUUACACGGUAUUAUUUGCAGAAAAAGAUUGGUGUAUUCAAACCCAAGGAUGAGGAACCUUAUGGACACUUGAACCCUAAAUGGACAAAAUGGUGUCACAAAAUUUGUUGUCCUUGCUGUUUUGGUAGAAAUUGUUUAAUUCCAAAUCAGGGAUAUUUAUCUGAGGCAGGAGCAAGCCUGGUUGAUGGUAAACUUGGUCUUAAUGUUGUCCCUAAAACAAAGGUGAGAGCCAAAAAUGGUGUCACAAAAUUUGUUGUCCUUCAGUUUUGGUAGAAAUUGUUUAAUUCCAAAUCAGGGGUAUUUAUCUGACUGGUUGAUGGUAAACUUGGUCUUACUGUUGUCCCUAAAACAAAGGUGACAGCCAAUAACUACUGCCAACAGGUUAAUGCCUCUUGGUGAGGUACACAUUUUGUCAUAAAGAAUGAUGUUCAUUCAUGUUUAAUUGCUAUUUACAUGUACAUAGUAAUUAUUGUGCAUGGCUUCUGAUAUUAUGACCUCAACUAUUCCUCUUAGGGUGACCUGAACGUGUAUAUGUCACAGUUAAUUUUUAUCCCAGGUAAUUUUUGUUUUUCUUUUGUUUUUGGUUAUGGUAAGGUAUGCUUAUGAAGUUGAAACAAAGAAAAAUAAAAAUUACCUGCGAUAAAAAAAAACUACAACAUAUACGAACAACAUAUACUAAAAAUAUGGUGGCAAGGCUUGAACCUGGAUUUAGGUUAAAAAGCAUAAAGUAUACAGAUUAUUAGAUUUAAAAACACUGUACUUUCUUUUUUCUUUCAGGUCGUAAGACUUGCUAGUCCAACAUUUAAUUACACUGCAUUUGAUCGUGCAAAGGCAAGGUCAAAAAAGUUUGCAACAGAAAGAUUUCCAGAUACUUUAGGAAAGCAUGUUAAAGCCGGACUACCUGCUAAGGUGUGGCUUUUAGUAAGGUUACAAAGUGUAAGCAUACAAUGUUCUUCAUGCUUUUGGGUAUCUUGGUCACAGCAAACAAUCAAGGGACCUUUUUUAUUCAUGAUAUUGCUAAAAAGUAUAACAUGUCUGUUAUCAAUACAUGUAUUGCAUUAAUGCAAAUCCUAAGUAAAAUAACGAAAAGACCUUUACACAGAUCAUUACUCUUGUUUUAGAAUACAUGUUCAGUCUAGUUGACAUUGUAUAUAUAUAUAUGUUUUGGUUCAAUUUUAUCCUUGGUUUAAGUUUCAUUUCCUCUUGUUUUUGGCAAUAAAUAUUGUUAUCAUUACAGUAUAUAAGUAACUAUAUCAGAAAAAUCAUCCAGAUGCAACAAGGUCAGUGCACAUACUGUAACAUUUCUCACUUGUGUCUCAAAAUGAACCAGAUUGUGUCUCAGCACAUAUUCAUUUCAGAAAAUUUCUGAAGGGCCAUGCCCUCUGACCCCCCAGGAAGCUCGUGGCCAUCCUACAGCUGUAGAUAGAACCCUGACAACAUACCCACUGUUCAUCACCAUUCCUAAGACCUCACAUAACCUCUCUGGAAGAACCGUUGAGUCAUUCCAAAUAAGAAAAUCUACACGUUCUGUUUUAUAGCAAAUUAAUUCAUGCAAGGUCUUACCAUUUUAGUUUGUAUAAAUACCUGAGUCUAAGAACUAUGAAUUAUUUAAGAAUGUUCAUGGAACAUGUACACAUGUACUGCAAAUCCAGCAUUCUCAUUGGCUGAUGCACUUUCCUUUCCAUAUCUGUGACCUCAUACAUAGUGAGUAGAGAAAGCCAAAUUUUCUACUGGUCAGCAACAUAUAUCUAUCAAAAGAAAACUCAAGUUUGCUUCUGAUAACUGAAAAUUAGAAAUCAAGAAUACAGUGUACAUGUACUUUCAAUUAUUGUUGCAUAUGUAGCUUGUAAGGAGCAAUGUGAAUAUAGGACAGAAUACCAAUGUCUUUGGAAACUUUUUGUUUUUCAGCUUGGCUCUUUUCAGCUGUUUGUAGAGGGUUAUAAAGAUGCUGAGUUUCAUCUGAGGAAGUUUGAGGUGGAAGCACUUCCAGCUGUUACACACAAAGAAUUUAUUCUUCAAUUUCAAAAACUUGUCUGUCUAGAUUAUAUUAUUAGAAAUACAGGUAAAUACAAUAAU